AUGGCGAACCAAUUUUGGCUACUUCUGAUUAUCUCUUUCGUUUCCGUCGUCGCUUUAUCGUCUCCGGCGAACGGAUUAUCAGUUCCGUUCAAGCGCUUGCCUCGUUUUCCUCGCUACAACUUCCAGAACCGAAACAGAAUCAAGCCGCUCCUUCACGAGUACCGAUACGAGACCAAGUUUUUCUCCCAGCAGCUUGACCACUUCAGCUUCGCCGAUCUUCCGAAAUUCUCGCAACGGUACUUGAUCAACUCCGAUCACUGGCUGGGUGCUUCUGCGCUCGGCCCUAUCUUCCUCUACUGCGGCAACGAAGGCGAUAUUGAAUGGUUUGCUACAAACUCCGGAUUCAUUUGGGAGAUCGCUCCGAAAUUCGGCGCCUUGCUUGUGUUCCCUGAGCAUAGGUAUUAUGGAGAGUCGAUGCCUUAUGGAAGCAGGGACGAAGCUUAUAAGAACGCAACCACGUUAUCGUAUCUCACAACUGAGCAAGCUCUUGCAGAUUUUGCAGUUUUCGUGACUGAUUUGAAACGGAAUUUGUCUGCGGAAGCAUCCCCAGUUGUGUUGUUUGGAGGAUCAUAUGGUGGAAUGUUAGCAGCAUGGAUGAGGCUCAAGUAUCCUCACAUUGCAAUAGGAGCUUUAGCUUCCUCAGCUCCAAUUCUUCAGUUUGAAGAUAUUGUACCUCCUGAGUCCUUCUAUGACAUUGCAUCAAAUGAUUUCAAGCGUGAGAGCAGUAGCUGCUUCAACACCAUUAAGGACUCUUGGGAUGCAAUAAUAGCAGAGGGUCAGAAGGAAAAUGGUCUUCAGAAGUUGGCAAAAACUUUUCACUUUUGUAGGGUGUUGAACAGUACUGAUAAUCUUUCAGACUGGCUGGAUUCUGCUUAUAGUUAUUUGGCAAUGGUGGACUAUCCGUAUUCUGCUGAUUUUAUGAUGCCUUUGCCUGGACAUGCCAUUAAAGAGGUCUGCAGAAGAAUUGAUGGUGCUAGUGGUGACGCCAGCAUCCUAGAUCGUAUAUAUGCAGGAGUAAGUGUGUACUACAACUAUACAGGAAAAGUUGGCUGCUUCGAGUUGGAUGAUGAUCCUCAUGGUUUGGAUGGAUGGAACUGGCAGGCAUGCACGGAGAUGGUAAUGCCCAUGUCUAGCAGCCAAGGAAACAGCAUGUUUCCGACUGAUGAUUUCAAUUAUUCUUCAUACAAAGAGGAAUGCUGGAAAACAUUCCGAGUCAAUCCAAGGCCUAGAUGGGUCACAACGGAGCUCGGUGGACAUGACAUAGAGACCACCUUGAAGUCGUUUGGAAGUAACAUCAUUUUCUCAAAUGGUCUAUUAGAUCCUUGGAGUGGUGGCAGUGUUCUGAAGAACUUAUCGGAUACCAUUGUUGCUCUUGUCACAAAAGAAGGUGCACAUCAUUUGGAUCUACGACCAUCAACUCCACAAGACCCGGAAUGGCUUUUGGAGCAGCGAGAAGCCGAGAUACAGUUGAUCCAAGGAUGGAUCCAAACUUAUCGACUAGAGAAAGAAGCUAAGUUUUCUGUGUUAAAAAGUUCUUCGUAA